AGAGAGAGAAAGGGGGGGCUACCGUCACGGCGUUUCUUGAUGCACAAGUGUUGUGACCGGGUCGGACCGUUAUUGUCACAUUGUGCGGAUUCCACGCCACACUCAGCGCACUUUGCGGGGACGAAGGCCAGACACAGACGCAUCAAGCCGAAAUGGGGAAGGUGGAAGGAGGAAUGAAAUGUGUGAAAUAUCUUUUGUUCGUGUUCAACUUAAUAUUCUGGUUGAUGGGAUCCUUUGUUCUGGCAGUGGGACUCUGGCUCCGUUUUGACCCAGAAACUGUGUCUCUGCUGAACGGCGACAAGGCGCCAGACACGUUCUUCAUUGGUGUGUAUAUUCUGAUUGGAGCUGGCAGUCUGGUGAUGUUGGUUGGUUUCUUUGGCUGCUGUGGAGCUGUUCGGGAAUCUCAGUGCCUGCUGGGCUCAUUUUUUGCCUGUCUACUGAUCAUCUUUGGUGCUGAGGUGGCAGCAGGAGUGUUUGGAUUUUUAAACAAAGACAAGAUCAUUGAAGAUGUUCAGAACUUCUAUACAACAACCUACAAUGAAAACAAUAACAGCACAUUGAUCACCUCAUAUCAGAAAGUACUAAAGUGCUGUGGAACCACAGCAAGCCCCUGCCCUGAUUCCAAACCAGAUACAAAGGACUGUGAGACCGGCAUCAAGGACUUCUUCAACAGCAAACUCUACAUCAUUGGGUACGUGGGCAUCGGCAUCGCUGGAGUCAUGAUCAUUGGGAUGAUCUUCAGCAUGGUGCUCUGUUGUGCCAUUCGCAACAGCAGGGAGGUCAUCUAAGCUGGAUCCUUGACCUCUCUAUCCCUCACUGUUCCUGUGCCCAGCCCCAAAAGACUGUACAGCCUUCAGAUCAAAUCUGUCCAGCAUCCACCUGGGGACUCAUUAAACUGAUUAUGUUCAAAAAGUUUCUUUCCACUAUGGUGCUCAACCCAGCUCCCUUGACCUGAUCUUCCACAAUUUUCCCUGAAUAUUCCUUCAUUUAUUUGCCACACACUGUCACACUUUCAUAACAUUCUGAAAAGAUGCAGGCCAUUCAGAUAACCAAUGAUAACAGUAGAAUUUCUCAUCGUUAUUUGACAGUCUAUCAAAUUAUUUUGUUUUUCUCAUGGCCAUUUGGCUGCCACUACAAAUUUUAACCCACAUACUGUUGCAGUAGUGUCAGUGCAUUUUCACACAGUCUUGACACUGACCUCUUGGCUGUGGGAAACUUAAGCCAGGCAAAGCAAGCUGAGGUGAAAGCAGCUGAGCUUGCUUAUGUGUGUACAUAAAUGAACACACUCACUCACACAAACACACACACACACACACAAAAAGGCGCCCAGACACUCGAUCACAGCAGUGUUGUGUUAUGUGAGACCACAGACAUGUCAUGUAGGGAAUCCUGAUUGGUGGAAUCAGAGUGAGGUGUCCUGAGAGGGAAAGGCCAGUUUGAGAAUAGAUUCAUUCCCCAGCACUCUUUCUAACACACUUCUGUAUAAACUGUACAUUCAACACAGAGUGGCCUCUGCACAAAAAAUGUGUAGUGAUCCUAAAGAAAUAUGUUCACCAUUUUGUGGGAUACACUCAGCUUGACAGCACUCUCGUGUCUGAGCACUAAAUAUGAAACUAUAGCCAUCAACCAGUGAGUGUAGCUUAGCACAAAGACUGGGAACAGGUGGAAACAGCUAGCCUGGCCCAGCUGACAGGACAGAUGGAUUUUGUAACCCUCAGAAUUUUUUGGGUUGAUUUUGUUGCUUUUGUAUAGGGACAGGCCCGCUGUUUGACCUGUUUCAAAUUUUCACGCUAAACUAAGGUAAGCUGGCUGUAGCUUCAUAUAUGCCACAUAGACAUUAGAGUGGCUUUCAUCAAACUUUCAGCAAGAAAAUGAAUAAGCAAUAUCAGACUUUUCCUUUAAACAUGUACCCAGUGCUUUUGCAUAGUAGCCAAUGUACAAAUAAUCAUACUUACAUUCUGUCAGCAAGGCCAGUGAGUUUAAGAAAUGCUAGCUAUGGUGCAUUACAUAGCUCAAGUUUCAAGAAU